AUGGAGGGAGCUCUAUCACCGUUGGAAUCAGGGAAGUUCAUCAUGGAAAAUGCGAAGCACAUUAAAAUCAAUGAGGACGGAGUUUUACGCGUGGCCCGAAUGUACAUCAAUCUUAUGAUCCGGAAAAGAAAAAUCACCGAUAUUCAGAUUUAUGAUGCGGUAAAGGAUGGAUCGAUGGCUGAGGUGGAGUUUUCGGCACAAGCUGUUCAUCCGAAGGGUAAAGGGAAAUCAGCUAUAGAUUGGAUCUUUUUCACUGAUACUGUCAACUUCUCGUUUUGGCCCGAUCGAGGAUCCAAGUAUGACGUAACUUAUGAAGGAACAAAGCAUACAGGAUAUUUCGCUGCAUGUGCUGCCGUCAACAAAGCCUUAGAUUCUGGGUUAAAUAUUACGUCAGCAGAAUGGAUGGCAAAAGCCACUGAGGCCGAUGUGGAUAAGGUCUUCAAGUCUGAUGGCGGCUACUCUAUCCCACUGCUGACGGAACGAGUCAAGGCCAUGAAUGAAUCGGGGAGAGUGCUACUCGAGAAAUGGGACGGCUCUUUCUAUAACUGCAUCUUAAAAGCAAAUGGAAGUGCAGCUAAGCUGCUUGAACUCAUUGUAGAAAACUUCGAAUCAUUCAGAGAUUUUGCCGUAUUCUGCGGUCAAAAAGUGUCCUUUCUGAAACGCGCCCAAAUUCUGGUAGCGGACGUUUACGGCGCCUUACAUGCGGACGAUCCUGCUUGUGAUUUCAAAGAUAUAGGAAUUCUGACCAUGUUUGCUGACUACCGUGUACCACAAGCCCUUGCUUACUUGGGCGCUCUGAAGUAUUCACCUGAAUUGGUCAAGUUGCUAAAAUCAGGUCAACUGCUUCCAAACGGUAGUGCUGAAGAAGUCGAGUUGCGUGGAGCUUCCAUAUGGGUGUGUGAGCGAAUAGUGUCGGCCAUUCAAAAAUUGCGUGUAGAGGAAGGUGACGUGACAAGGCCAGUCUACGCUAUGGAUGUCGAUCUUUUCGCAUGGGUUUACCGACGUAAACAUGCGGUUGAUAUUGAGAAAGCGGUCGGGUUGAGGAUGUUUAAGAAGUUUGAUGACAAAGAAGACAUAACGGGAGCAACCCAAUUGAAGUCAUCUAUUCAGGCAUACUAUCUCACUCAUUUGUUUCAGAAGGGAAUUAGGAACAAAAUCAUUGAAACUUAUCCGCACAUCGAACCUUUCUUAGCCGAUAUUCUACCAAAGAAGGAAAACUUCAAGCUGAUAAAAUGUAAAGAUCAUGUUGAGCUAUUGACUGAUCAUAACGGUGUUGUACAGUUUCUGAAGACCAGGAAUACGGAAUGGGUUCCUACUUUACGAUUACUCCAUAAAUACCCCUUUAUUAUGCCUCAUCAACAGGUUGACAAAGGUGCCAUUAAAUUUGUCCUAAAUGGAUCGUCCAUUAUGUGUCCUGGAUUGACAUCUCCUGGUGCAAAGAUGACACCCGGUGUUCCUGCGAACGCAGUCGUAGCCGUGAUGGCUGAGGGCAAGCAGCACGCCUUGGCAAUCGGUCAGAUGAAAAUGAGUUCAGAAGAGAUUCAAUCGGUGAAUAAAGGAAUAGGUAUUGAUAAUAUACACUAUUUGACCGAUGGUCUCUGGAGAUUAGCAGAGAAACCGAUAAAUUAA